GGGCUUUCCCUCCAUUCAGUUAAGUCGUUAUAACCGCCUAGAGAGAGAAACCCAAAGCAGUGAACUAAGCCCAACGCAUAGAGAUUUUCAUUUUCACUCUCUUUCAAUUCUCAUUUUCUUGAGAAGCAAAUAAUCCUAAGUUCUUCAAUCUUCACACCUUGCCGGAAAAUUCUGAAGCUUUUCCAACAAUGGAUUCCAAGAGCGGGUUCGCCGAACUUACUGAAAAGGAAAAGGAUGUUGUAAAUGGCUACUUCGAUAUAGAAGAGUUAUUCAUGCCCAAAGAAACCUUCUUCAGAAGCGCUAAGAACAUUUUUCUCCGCAGGCACGCCGUUGCAAUAAUCAGCAAGCUCUCGGGGAGGAUUGAUCCUGAUACACUUAUUCCGUAUCUUGCUAUGAACUAUUUUGAUCGCUUUUUUUCCAAGUCCGAUUCGAUCUUGGAGGAUGUUGAAGGAUUCAUUGAUACUCAAAAAGUCCGUUUGAUUGCUCUAGCUUGUCUCACCAUAUCUGCCAAGCUGAGGAUAAAAGACUUCUCAAUUGAUCAGUUUUUGAUUAAUCAUUAUAAGGAUGUGAAUGUGAGGAUAAGUCAUCAAAUGGUAAUGAGAACAGAGCUUCUCAUUCUCCGUGAGCUUGAGUGGGAAAUACUACCGGUGACUCCCUUCACCUUUCUGGACUUCUACUACCGUUACUUCGAAAACUACGGUGGUUUUAAACGUCGUUGCAUCAAUGAGAUAAUAGUUCAAGCUCAAGGAGAGCACACCUUUGUUGACUAUUAUCCUACUAUGAUAACAAUCUCCGCUUUUCUGGCUGCUUCCAAAAUUGCAUAUCCCAAACUGUAUAGACAAAUUGUAGUUCCCUUCACAGUUUCCAGAGUUUUCCCAAAGGUGCUUCAGGAUAAUAUCACUGUUUGUGUGGAUGAGAUGGUUGGUCUUUGCAAUAGAUUGAACAUCCGGAUUGAGACCCCGGUUCCCUCCACUUCAAAGUUAAACGAAAGCCUACAAAACAGGGGCAAGAUGGGGAUGGUAGUUGUUUCAUCUGAAGAUGAUGACGAAGGAGAUGGGACUCCGUUAAUAAGGCGAAUUCAGGACAUGAACAGGAUGACGAUGAGUUCUCAGGCGCUGAAGAUAUCAGAGGGGGUUGAGGAAGAAAACAAAAAAGUGGCCAAGGACAAUGAAAAGGCAGAGGAUAAAGCAGAAACAUCUGGUGGUGGUUCUAAGGCCAGGAUUGAGGCUAUAAUCCGACAACCGUUGGAAACGGGCAAGGCAGUAGCGGGUGAGAAGAUGGAGGGAUACAUUUCAGAAAUCGCAGAGCUUGAAGAACGAAAGAGCCUAAUGUACUUUGAACUGAAGUGGCCCGAUGAUGUUCCAUCCACUGAACCGCAAUCACCAACAACUAUCCGUUCUAAUUCAAUAAGAAUAAUUCAAAGAGCUGGCAAGAAACUAACUUGUGGUAGCUGCAAAAUCGGUUAGUUAUGCUACUGCAAAUAGUCUUCAUUUGGUUUUGUGGUAUAGGAUUUUACUAUGGAUCAUGUUCAGUUCAAAAAAUUCCGGCAGUUUCUUGUGUAGUUCGAACUGCAACUAUUAUUACUGUUGAAUUUGA